AUGGACCAGGCUCUUCUGAGCAGCUCCGAGCAACAGGGCAAGAGGGCAGAAGACAACAGACAGCGGGCAGAAAACGAUGCACAGGAGGUUCCACCUGAGCAUGAGUUAGAAACCUUUUUCUUUACAGUGCAGGUGCCUGAGCACUGGAACAGACUGCACAGACAGUGGGCAGAAAACGACGCACAGGAGGUUCCACCUGAGCAUGAGGCAGAAACCUUUUUCUUUACAGUGCAGCAUGGACAAAUCCUGCGCCAUGUGCUCUGGAAUGACCCUGCUUGGGCAGGGAGGCUGGGCCCGGUGAGCGGCUGCUCCCUCCCGACCCGACCGGCCCCGCGGGGCCCCGGCCCGGGCCACGUGAGCGGCGGGCGGGGCCGGGCCCGCUCUGACCCUGGCCCGUGCCCGUGCCCGUACGGCGGCUGCGCGGCGGGCGGGCGGACGGCGCGGCCAAAGAAGCGGGGCGGGCGGCGGCCGCUGCUGCCGCUGCCCGAGGCGCGGGGGGCGCCGCUGGUGCUGCUGUACCUGCUGGGGCUGCGGGCGCUGGCGCAGGUGUCGCACCGGCAGCUGCUGAGCCGCCCGCCCGCCACCGCCGGGCCCCGCGAGUUCAGCGCCUCCCGCGCCAGGGGAUAUCUUGACAACAUUACAGCAAUUGGGCCCAGAACAGUUGGAAGUCCAGAAAAUGAAGUUCUUGCAGUUAACUACCUCUUAGAACAAAUCAGGGAAAUAGAAAGAGAAAGCACAGAUGCUCACAAGAUAUCUGUAGACAUACAGAGGCCCACAGGCUCCUUCAGCAUUGACUUUUUAGGAGGCUUUACUAGUUACUAUGCAAACAUAACAAAUGUGGUAGUGAAGCUGGAACCUCGCAAUGGAGCCGAGCAUGCAGUGUUAUCCAAUUGUCACUUUGAUUCCGUACCAAAUACCCCAGGUGCCAGCGAUGAUGCUGUAAGCUGUGCAGUGAUGCUUGAAAUACUUAACACGCUUUCAAAAUCAUCAGAGUCCCUGCAGCAUGCUGUCAUAUUCUUAUUUAAUGGUGCAGAAGAAAAUAUUUUGCAGGCUAGUCAUGGCUUCAUUACACAACAUGAGUGGGCCAAGUCAAUCAGAGCUUUUAUUAACCUGGAGGCAGCAGGUGUAGGAGGAAAAGAACUUGUUUUUCAAACAGGACCUGAGAAUCCUUGGUUGGUACAAGCAUAUGUAGUCGCGGCCAAACAUCCCUUUGCCUCUGUGGUGGCGCAGGAAAUAUUUCAGAGUGGCAUUAUCCCAGCAGACACAGACUUCCGUAUCUACAGGGACUUCGGCAAUGUUCCAGGAAUAGAUUUGGCUUUUAUUGAAAAUGGCUACAUUUACCAUACAGAAUAUGACACAUCAGAUAGAAUUUUGACAGAUUCCAUUCAGAGAGCAGGUGACAAUAUUCUGGCUGUCCUAAAAUACCUUGCUACAUCAGAAAAGUUGGCUAAAUCUUUUGAGUAUCGACAUGGAAAUGUUGUGUUCUUUGAUAUACUUGGUUUAUUUGUCCUGGCUUAUCCAGCUCGUGUCGGCACAAUUAUGAACUAUAUUACUGUAGCAAUUGCUUUUUUUUAUUUAAGCAAAAAAGUGCUACAGCCAAAACCCAGGGCUGUUCAUAACCUGAAGAAGUUACUGACUGCAUUCAGCUUAACCCUGACAAGCUGGGUGUGCACACUGGUGGCAGUCCUCAUGGUGGCCGUGUUUGUCUCCUUCAUUGGACGGGCUCUUUCUUGGUACACCCAUUUCUAUGUUUCUGUGUCUCUCUAUGGCACCGCAGCUGCAGCUAAGCUCAUUCUUGUGCACGUGCUAGCCAAGAAGUUCUUCUACAAGAAUGUGAAUGAGCAGUUCCUGGCAGAUGUUUUUUUUGAUGCCUCAUUGAUGAUUUGGUCAAUAGCAUUGGCUGUUAUAACUCACAUGGGCCUUUGUUCAGCAUUCAUUUGUACAUUAUGGGUAGCAUUUCCCUUACUCACUAAGCUGAUGAUCCACAAGGAAUUCAGCCAAAAAGGUGCCACGAUAAAGUUUAUUGUGAUGUACAUGCUGGGGAUGUUUGUUCCCUAUCUGUAUAUGCUGUAUCUUAGUUGGACUGUGUUUGAAAUGUUUACACCUGUCAUGGGACGAAGUGGUUCAGAAAUUCCACCAGAUAUGGUGUUGGCAGGAUUUAUUGUGAUCUUCACUAUGAUCCUGUCUUCCUAUUUUAUUAACUUCAUUUACCUUGUCAAAAGUACAAAAACGACGCUAGUAACUUUAACUACUGUGUUUGUAGUCACUCUGAUUCUCGUUUGUAGUGGAAUCUUCUUUCCUUACAGUUCUGAUGCAGCUAAUCCAAAGCCUAAGCGAGUCUUUCUCCAGCAUACAAGCAGAAGAUUUCAUGAUCUAGAUGGAAAUGUGGUUAAAAGUGACUCUGGUAUAUGGAUCAAUGGGUUUGAUUAUAAUGGAAUAUCUCACAUAACUCCCCAUGUACCUGAAAUCAAUGACACCAUUAGAACUCCAUGCGAGGAGCAGGCUCCCUUCUGUGGCCUUCCUUGGAUUCUGCCAGUCCAUUUCAUGUUCCGGAAAAACUGGUAUCUUCCUGCUCCAGAAAUUUUGCCAAGGCGCCCCAUUCAGUUUAAACUUCUGUCCAAGAAGCUGAUGCCUUGGAACUCUGUGAGGUUAAGCUUCGAAGUAUCUGGCCCGAGCCACAUGUCCCUGUACGUGCGGCCGCACGCGGGCUCGGCACUGUCCCGAUGGUCCCUCGGGGAUGGAAUGCCUGUCGCCAGCCUGGGGGGAGACUACUUUGUGUUCUACUCCCGCGGGCUGCAUGCAGCUCCCUGGCACUUCUGGGUGGAACUGACGGCCCCAGAGAAGCAUUCUGAUGGAAUAGUCUCCCUUGCCAUAGCAGCACAUUAUUUUUUUGGGGAAGAUCAAAAGUCACCUCAACUGUAUGCCUUACUGGAGAGGUUUCCAAGCUGGACAUUUUCUUCUGGCUGGUCUUGUACCUAUGACCUUUUUGUCUUUUAA